GCCAAAAUUCCCACACCCCACCAGCAACACACACAAAAAAUGGGAGUGGUGAUAAUUGACGGAUCCACGGUGCGAGACUUCGUUGGCAACGACGCCUUGUUCAAUAAGAGCGUCGACGACCGCUUCUCUGCCCUUGACCUCAACGGCGACGGCGUCCUCUCCCGCUCCGAGCUCCGCAAGGCCUUCGAGACCUUUAGGCUCUUGGAGGCCCACUUCGGCGUCGACGUCGUCACUCCUCCUGAGCAGCUCACCCAGCUCUACGACUCCAUUUUCGAUAAAUUCGACUGCGACCACAGCGACACCGUCGAUCUGGAGGAGUUCCGAUCUGAGAUGAAGAAGAUCAUGCUCGCUAUUGCUGAUGGUUUGGGUUCCUGCCCCAUUCAGAUGGCUCUCGAGGACGAUGAUCAGAAUUUCCUCAAGAAGGCUGCGGAUUUCGAGGCCUCUAAGACUUCUUCCUGAACAACCACCCACCCUCAUAUCCUACCUCAUCUUUGCUGCUGUAAUUUAGGGUUCCUUUCCCUUUAUUUUGUAAUCAAAACCUUUUGAUGAGGCUGUCUCAAUGUCAAAAAUCCAUUUCCUCCCACCGUCGAUCUUAUCUUAGUUAAUUUUCACCGCUUAA